ACUGCAAGUGCCCGGGAACUGGAACAGGUGGUCGGCCGCUCCACAGUUGGUGCGAGGUCUAGAAAGCAAGAGAUCCGUCGAGUUAAGGAGGAAGAGAACCAUGGCGGCAACUUCCUCGUCUUAUCCACCUCCGCCUCCCUAUUACCGCCUCUACAAGGACUUCCUCGAAGAUCCCACCUCCGCUCCCGAGCCGCCAUCGCCUAUCCGCGGUUCUUAUCCCCUAUAUAGCUCCACCUACACUACCGAUGUGGUGCUUCCCAGCUUGGAGGAUCAGGGAGUUCGACAACUUUAUCCCAAGGGCCCUAAUAUCGAUUAUAAAAAAGAGUUGAGGUCACUAAAUAGGGAGCUUCAACUACAUAUCUUGGAGCUAGCUGAUGUGCUUGUGGAUAGACCAUCACAAUAUGCACGAAGGGUGGAGGAAAUAUCUCUUAUUUUCAAGAACUUGCACCAUCUCCUUAAUUCAUUGCGUCCUCACCAGGCUAGAGCAACUCUAAUUCAUAUUCUAGAACGCCAAAUACAAAAUCGAAAACAGGCAGUGGAGGACAUAAAAAGAAGGAGAGAAGAGGCACAAAAGUUGCUUAAGGAUUCACUCCAAAUGCUGGAUGGCCAUUAAUUUGCCUUCAAUUAGCGCCCGCCUACUUAGCUUUGCGAGUUUGAUCUGCUAUCUAAUUUCUUUAGUGAAAGCUAAGUCUCCAAGCGACGAGGAUGAGCUGAUGGGGGUUCAUACUUUACAUAAUAGCAAGAUUUGUAAUGUGAGCGAUACCGCCCCUGACUGCAGAAAUUAUGAACUCGUAUCAUUUUCAAACCUGGUUAAUUUUGAGGCAUCGUCCAAAAAAAAAAAAAAAAGACGGUUGGUUUUAUAUUUUAUUGCAUAAUGGCUUUUGCAGAAUUGCUUGAGCCAUCUUGAGUUUUUAUUUGGGUCUUGUGAUUACAUACUAAAUUUUUAUUUCGAACUAGUCUUUUUAGAGAACUUAAGUACAAGAUAAAGCUAGUUGCAAGAAUCCAUACAACUUGAUGGAUCAUAAUCGAUCACAUGUGGCUGAGUGGUGUAGAAAAACUUGGUGUAUUAGUAUUUGGAUAUCUAUUUUCUUUGUCUCAGAAAGGCUAUCAUCUGAAAGCAAAAUCAGUAGCUAUGGCUGCUACUGCUUCAUCGUUGCUUUUAGUUGGUAACUCUAAAUCAACAGUGUGAUUAAGAACUUUGUAUUAAAAAUAAAAGUUACUUUGUAUA